UUACAUUUGUUACAAGUCCAACUAGAAAGUAACAUAAUCACAAUUUGAGCCCCUCCCAAACAUGCCAUCAAAUCGAAUUGCAAUCAUUAGUCUAGUAAAUUGGAAAUAAUCAAAUCGUCAUUUCCACUUGAUUGAACUGAAUGUUUGCAAUUCGAUUCACUUUGUGCAUCCAAACGCGGCCUCUUUAUGGAUUUUUAGGAAAUUAUAAUUUGCUUGGUUCCACUAAUUCAUCCAAACACGCCCCUAAUUUUCUGUCAGCUGUGAUUGAAAUGCUAUGUCAUUAUUGUCUGUGAAGAAAUCAUGAUGGAAGUCAGUAGAAGGGAGAAGGAGGCGGGAAUUGUGCCCGAACCGGACAUAGACACUUACAUGAAGGCAAUUUCGGUUGAGGGAUUGAAAAGAUCACUUCAGACAGACUACAUUUUGAAGAUCCUUGGAUUGGACAUCUGUGCCGACACAAUGGUCGGUGAUGCCAUGAGGAGAGGUGUUUCGGGCGGUCAGAAGAAAAGACUUACUACAGGAGAGAUGAUCGUGGGUCCAACGAAAGCUCUUUUCAUGGAUGAAAUAUCGACCGGCUUAGACAGUUCCACCACCUUCCAGAUUGUUGCUUGUCUCCAGCAGUUGGUGCACAUCACAGAUGCUACUGCAUUAAUUUCACUUCUUCAGCCCGCACCUGAGACAUAUGAUCUCUUUGAUGACAUCAUCUUGAUGGCAGAAGGAAAGAUUGUGUACCAUGGCCCACGUAAUGAUAUUCUAAAGUUUUUUGAAGAUUACGGAUUCAGAUGCCCUGAAAGAAAAGGGACAGCUGACUUCCUCCAAGAGGUUAUCUCGAAAAAGGAUCAAGCGCAAUACUGGCAUCAUACAGACCAACCUUACAGCUAUGUUUCCGUCGAUCAGUUCUCAAAGAAAUUCAAGGCAUCUCAUAUCGGCGAGAAGCUAGAUGAGGAACUUUCGAAGCCAUAUGAUAAGUCCCAAUGCCAUAAAAACUCAUUGUCCUUCAGUGUUUAUUCUUUACCUAAAUGGGAACUAUUCAAAGCAUGUAUGACAAGAGAAUGGCUGCUUAUUAAGAGGAAUUCAUUCGUUUACAUAUUCAAAUCAUCUCAGCUCAUCUUCAUCUCACUCGUCGCAAUGACUGUUUUUCUGCGCACCCGCUUGCGUAUCGAUUUGAUGCAUGCAAAUUACUACAUGGGUUCUAUUUUCUUCGCACUUAUAUUAUUCAUGGUUGAUGGAUUCCCAGAGUUAUCGAUGACGGUUUCUAGACUUCCAGUUUUCUACAAACACAGAGAUCUGUACUUCUACCCAGCAUGGGCAUACACCAUUCCAGCCGCUAUUCUAAAAAUUCCAAUUUCAUUGUUACAGUCUACGGUGUGGACAGUUCUUACGUACUACGUUAUUGGAUACAGUCCUGAACCAGGAAGGUUCUUCUGCUAUUUUCUUCUAGUCUUCGCCUUGCAUCAGAUGUCAACAUCCUUGUUCCGUUUAAUUGCCUCACUUUUCCGUACCAUUGUUGCUUCUGUAACCGGCGGGACUCUGCUUCUAGCAACGGUCCUAUUAUUGGGAGGCUUCAUUCUUCCACGAUCCUCUAUACCGUCUUGGUUGAAGUGGGGAUUUUGGAUUUCUCCACUGGCAUAUGCCGAGAUAGGCCUAUCCAUAAAUGAAUUCCUUGCUCCACGGUGGCAAAAGAUUUUGUCUACAAACACAACCAUAGGACACCAAACACUGAUAAGCCGUGGACUGAAUUUUGACAACUACUUCUAUUGGAUAUCAUUUGGCGCCUUGCUUGGAUUCACAAUACUUUUCAAUACCGGGUUUACCUUGGCCUUGACUUUCUUGAACGCUCCCGGGAUGUCCCGUGCUAUUAUUUCUCAUGAAAAGCUCUUGCAACUACAAGGGAGAGAAGAUCAUAGCGAUGUCACUCAUUUAGAGAACCCAAAUACAACUCUUUCACCUGAUGCACAAACCAAAAGAACUGGGAGGAUGGUUUUACCAUUUGAGCCGCUAACAAUCGCAUUUCAAGAUGUGAACUAUUAUGUUGAUACCCCUCUGGAAAUGAGAGAACAAGGUUUCACACAGAAAAAACUCCAACUUCUUCAUGAUAUUACAGGUUCAUUCAGGCCUGGCGUUCUCACAACAUUAAUGGGAGUUAGUGGAGCAGGGAAAACCACUCUCAUGGAUGUUCUCUCUGGAAGGAAAACCGGUGGAACAAUCGAAGGGGACGUAUGGAUUGGAGGGUACCCAAAGGUCCAAGAAACAUUUGCUAGGAUAUCAGGUUAUUGCGAGCAAACCGACAUUCAUUCUCCGCAAAUCACUGUCGAAGAGUCUGUCAUAUAUUCAAGUUGGCUACGACUCCCACAGCAGAUCGAUCCAAAAACAAAAGCUGCAUUUGUAAAUGAAGUUCUUGAAACGAUCGAGCUAGAUGGAAUAAAAGAUUCUUUAGUCGGCAUUCCUGGUGUAAGUGGUCUGUCGACCGAGCAGCGUAAACGGCUAACCAUUGCAGUGGAGCUUGUUGCCAAUCCAUCAAUCAUAUUUAUGGAUGAACCCACGUCAGGUCUAGAUGCAAGAGCAGCUGCCAUAGUAAUGCGUGCAGUGAAGAAUAUUGUUGACACGGGACGGACAGUGGUUUGCACUAUACACCAGCCAAGUAUAGAUAUAUUUGAGUCAUUCGAUGAGCUGAUUCUAAUGAAAAGGGGAGGACAAAUAAUCUAUUCCGGACCAUUGGGUCGCCAUUCAAGUAGAGUUAUUGAUUACUUUGAAGGUAUUCCUGGGGUACCGAAGAUCAAAGACAAUUAUAAUCCAGCAACAUGGAUGUUAGAAGUUACUUCUAAUUCAGAAGAAACGCAACUCAGUGUAGAUUUUGCACAUAUUUACGAAGAGUCUUCUCUCUACAGGGACAACAAAGAGCAAGUUAAGAUAUUGAGUAAGCCACCCGCGAAUUCGAAGGACUUGCAUUUCGCUACUCGGUUUCCGCAGAAUGGUUGGGGGCAGUUCAAAGCUUGCCUUUGGAAACAGCACUUGUCAUAUUGGAGAAAUCCUGCAUACAACUUGGUUCGGAUAACGUUUACGAUCGUCGCAUCCUUGUUAUAUGGAGUGCUCUUUUGGAAGCAUGCUAAGAGAAUAAAUAACCAGCAGGACUUGUUCACUAUACUUGGGACCAUGUUCACCACCAUGCUCUUCAUGGGCAUAAACAACUGCUCAACAGUUUUACCAAUCAUUGCAACCGAGCGGGCUGUUUUGUACCGAGAAACGUUUGCAGGGAUGUACUCUUCAUGGGCCUAUUCACUUGCUCAGGUGUCCAUUGAGAUUCCUUACCUAUUUAUCCAAGCACUGUUGUGUGUGAUCAUCACAUAUCCUAUGAUAGGGUACUCCUGGUCAGCUUAUAAGGUCUUUUGGUACUUCUACACCUUGCUAUGUACAUUGCUCUACUUCAGUUACCUCGGGAUGUUGCUAGUGUCGUUGAGCCCGAAUGUUCAAGUAGCUUCCAUAAUGGCUUCUCUCUGCUAUGUGUUGAUCCUUCUCUUCUCCGGCUUCAUCCUACCCGGACCAGUAAGUCACCUACCCCCUUCCCUCACUGAUUAGUUAAAAUCCACUGGA